AUGGCUAAUACUCCACAUGGUGGUGUUCUUAAAGAUGCGCAUGUCCGAGAUGCUCAUAAAUAUGAUGAAUUAUUAAAAGAAUCAAAAACAUUACCUUCAAUUGUAUUAACUGCUCGACAAUUAUGCGAUUUGGAACUUAUCAUGAAUGGAGGUUUCUCUCCAUUAGAAGGAUUUAUGAACCAAAAAGAUUAUAUUAGUGUUGUAAAAGAUCUUCGCUUAUGCAAUGGGUGUCUGUUUUCUAUACCGAUUACCCUUGACGUAUCUGAACAUCAUAUAAAAACAUUAGAACUUGCACCCAAUAAACGUUUAGUAUUAAGAGAUCUUCGUGAUGAUGAACCGUUGGCGAUCAUAACUAUUCAAGAUAUUUAUAGUCCAGAUAAAGUUGAAGAAGCCAGAGAAGUUUUUGGCAGUAAUGAUCUCGAACAUCCUGGUGUAAAAUAUUUACAUACCGAGGUUAAAGAAUAUUAUAUUGGAGGAAAUGUAGAAGCAAUCCAAGCACCCACACAUUAUGAUUACGUUGCUCACAGGUUUACUCCAGCAGAACUUCGCGCUCAUUUCAAAAAACUUAAUUGGACUCGAGUUGUGGCAUUUCAAACUCGGAAUCCUAUGCAUAGAGCACAUCGUGAAUUAACAGUUCGUGCGGCAAGAAUUCGGCAAGCAAAUGUUCUUAUUCAUCCAGUAGUUGGUCUCACUAAACCUGGUGAUAUAGACCAUUACACUAGAGUAAGAGUAUAUCAAUCUUUAAUGCCUAAAUAUCCAAACGGAUUGGCUACUCUUGGUUUAUUACCAUUAGCUAUGAGAAUGGGUGGACCUCGAGAAGCUCUUUGGCAUGCAGUUAUUCGAAAAAAUUUCGGAGCUACACAUUUUAUUAUUGGCAGAGAUCACGCGGGACCUGGAAAGAAUUCAAAAGGCGACAGUUUUUAUGGAGACUAUGAAUCACAGGAACUAGUAGCGAAAUAUAGAGAUGAAUUACAAAUAGAAGUUGUUCCCUUCCAAAUGGUGACUUAUAUUCCGGAUUCUGAUGAAUAUAUGCCAGUUGAUGAAGUACCAGAAGGUGCUACUACUUUAAAUAUUUCUGGUACAGAAUUACGACGUCGAUUGAGAAGUGGAGCACAUAUUCCAGAAUGGUUUUCAUAUCCAGAAGUAGUUAGAGUACUUCGGGAAACUCAUCCUCCAAGAUCAAAACAAGGAUUUACAUUGUUUCUAACGGGAUAUUAUAAUUCCGGAAAAGAUCAUAUUGGAAGAGCAUUACAAGUAGUAUUUAAUGAACAAGGUGGAAGGCCAGUUAGUUUAUUAUUGGGAGAAAUUGUGCGUCAUGAACUUUCAUCUGAAUUAGGAUUUUCAAAAAAGGAUCGUGAUUCCAAUAUUGGACGUAUUGGAUUUGUAUCUGCUGAACUUACUAAAGCUGGAGCCGUUGUUAUAGCUGCACCAAUUGCACCAUUUGCCGAAGCACGUUCUCAUGCCCGAGGACAAAUUGAAGCGUAUGGUGGAUUUUAUCUAAUUCAUGUGAAUACACCAUUAGAACAUUGUAUUGUUACUGAUAGAAAAGGGAUAUAUAAGAAAGCACAAUCUGGAGAAAUCAAAGGUUUUACAGGAGUUGAUGAUCCAUAUGAAAUACCUACAGAUGCAGAUAUUGUGGUUGAUGUUAGUAAACAAAAAGAAGAAAGUUCAUCAUCAUCAGGUGAAGGAGGUAAUGAUGAUUAUUUAGAAAAUUUACAUGAUGGUAUUAAUAAUAAUAUUGGAAAUAAUGGCAGAAGAGGAGAAGGAGGAUUGGGUGGUGGUGGUGGAUUUGGAGGAUUUGGAGGAUUAGGAAAUUUUGGGAGUUUACGAUUUUUAGGUGGAAGAAUUACAAUAUUUGGAGUAGAUCAACGAGAUCUUAAUCAUCGUCGAGGAUUAUUUAGAGUGAAUCGAUUUAAUAGAAUAGUAAUAGAAGAAGAAGGAAGAUUUAUAGUAAAUCGACUUAGACAUUUAAGAGCAAAAGUUUUAAGGUUUAAACGACGAAUAAUCUGGAAUAUUUUAUUUUAUUGUCAACUAUAUUGUGAUUUAAUUGAUUAUUUAGUACAAAUCCUUAUUAAUUUGUCUCUUAGAGUUAUGGAUUAUAUUAGAGUAAAUGGGCCAAAAUUAUUCAAAACAAUCGAAUGGAUUUUAAUUUUCAUGUUUAUAUUUUGGAUGACACUCGAUAUGCAAUUAUUACCGGAUAAAUUUACACAUUCCGUAUGUUAUCAUUCACCUACAAUAAUUACUCAAGCAUUUUUAUCUCAAUAUUUUGAAAUUGCUCAUAAAUUAAGAAUUAUUUCAUUAGCUCAUGAUAUACAAGAAUCAGUUUUAACUACUAGAGAUUUAACUAAUAUUUCAAAAUUAGAAACGGAAAUUGUUAAGGAAUUAAUAGAAUACGCGGAUGAUGGUUCUGAAGUUUCCAAAGAAUUAAGAAGUUUACAAAAUAAUGUUCAAAAUACUUUGGAAUUUACAGUUAAUUUUAUAGCUUUAUCAAUAAAAAAUUUAGAUCAUGUUAUAGAAGAUAAUUUCAAUCCUGAACAAUAUCAAAAAUUAAAGGAAAUGCAAAAGAUGAAAGGAGAUGAUUUAAAUAAAGCAAUCUUUCCUAUUGUUUCUUCUCUGUCUUUUAUUUCUAAUAAUAAUGAUGAUAUUGAGGAACAACAAAAUUUAGUUAGUGAAUAUAUAAAGAAAAUUAUAGAAAUUAGUAGGGAACAUCAAGAAAAAUUAUUAAGAUUACAAGAAGAAGAACCUGGUGGAGUCAUUGAAAUCAUUGGUGAAAUUGAUGAUUAUAAUAAUAUUCAUAAUCCCUCAUUCUUGAAAUUUAUGAAAGAUGUCAUUUUUAAAGAUAUAAAGAAAGAAUAUGAUUAUUAUAGAUUUGGUGGAUAUGGUAAUGAUGGUGAUUAA